AUGUUAAGCCUAUUGAAUAAAUUAGAAUCCAGAUUACGCGGAGGCGGUUGUGGAUCUAUUAAAACAAUUCCCAACAUCGAUAUAGUCAUAAAGUCUGAUAUUUACGACAUAGAAAAUUACAUUACAAGAUUUGAUUCUUUUGUCUAAACUAUAUACACUAAAGCAGCUCUUGCUGCUAAUUAUUAGAAGCUUAAGAAAUAAUGA